CUUGAUUCUUUGAUUACCCGUGAAUAGUGCAUUUACUUCCUGGAUUGAUCUAUGAGGAAGUGUUCAAGUUACAAAAGUUGUGGUGAUUGUUACUGUCUUGAUUGAUAGAAUUAUGACCAUUAGACGGUUGUAACAAUAAAUCACCAUGGCUGAUGACGAGGAAAUAUAUGAUGACUGCAGUGCAGAAAGUUCAAAGACUGUAGCACCAAUGUCUGCCAAGGAGCUAAUGGCUAAGUUUGAGGCCUCUGGCUUUAAGCCAGCUGUUUGUCUGAAACCUACCGUGACAUCAAAACCAGCAGUUGCUCCUAAAUGGGGAGGAGGUCCUGGGCUCAAUUUAGCAGGAGGUGGUGCUCAAACAGCCAGCCCAGCCAAAACAGCUAACAAUGCUGUCAAUGGUGCAAUACCAAACAGUGUCACAAACAGGGAGAAGUCUAGUGAAGAACAAGGUGGUCCUAAACGCCGCAGUAUUGUUGAGGAUCGUUUAGCAGCAUUCCAGAACAAGGGAACUCCUACCCCUGCUGACAAACCAAAGCCAGGGAUGAAUCCACCUGUAGCCCCAAAAUUUAAAGCUAGUGACCAAAACAACAAUCCUAAUGCUGCAGGACCUAGACAGUUUGGUUUUAAACACAAUAAACCAGAUAGUAUUCAGGAUAUUGCAAAAAAGCCAUCGGUUUUGACAGGUUCCUCUUUUGAAAAAGACACCCCAAAUCAUUCCAGCCCACAUUCACCUCGCGGAGUUAACCUGUUCGGGGCUGCCAAUGGUCCAGUAGUGUCACCAAUGGACCUAAAGGCACACCUAAAACCAGUAAAUAGAAACAAACCUUUCAUUGGACACAAACCAAGUGAAAUUAAAGAUGAAGUAGCCUUAAGGUUAAAUGACAAGAAAUCUAAACAGUCAAGACAUUCUUUACACAAAUCUGUGAUUCGAAAUAUUGAUGGUAAAAAAUUCCAUAGAGCAGAGUUGACGAGUUCUGAUGACUUUGGCCCAGCUCCUGAGAAACCCAGCAAGCUGGAAGAGGAAAUCGACCUGGCCGACAUGAUUACACACUUCGAGCAGUCUGUCAAAAGCAUGGACAUGAACAUCAAGGACCAUGGUUGGACAGAGGUUGAGGAGAUGUAUGACGACUGUGGGAACGUAGUGAAGCCUGUCUCCUCCAGGGCGGUCUCUCUCAUGGGCCAUCGCCCCAAAGCAAAGCCUCGUAAUUCUGUUUCCAAAAAAGUACUUCCUAUAGUGCCAUUGUCGGAGGAUGAUGAGAUGAGAUGGUCUGAUGCUGGCUUCCCUGGGCUCCCAGAAUCACCCAACAAAGCAGCAGAUAUUCCAGCUGAUCAUGAUGAAGGACCACAGGAGGAGUACUCAGAGGUGGAGGUCAAACCUAUAGAGGAAGAGCCUGAGGCAGAUGAGCUGUAUGAAGCCCUACCUGAAGAAGACAUGAUAGAGCCAGAAGAGCCGCCUCCUCCAAGACCAGAGCCCCCUGCCCCACCCUCCACACCUCAUCCCAGAGGUCACCUUUCGACACCUUCUGAAAGCUCACAAUCUGACAUUCCUGAAACUAACCAGUCUGAAACACCAAAAGACCCCAAAGAAAUUGAAAGAGAGCGCAAGGAGAGAGAAAAGGAAGAAGAAAGGCUGAGGAAAGAAAAAGAAAAGGAGGAAAAGAGAAAAGAGAAAGAAAGAAAAGAGGCAGAGAAGAAGAUGAAAAAGCUUGCUAAGGAGCUAAAUGUGAAGUUAGAGGUGCUGUCCCUAUGUGUUGGGAAGGGACGAAUAAAGGCGACGGCAACUCCUAAGAAGAAGAAGGGUGGGGAAAUCGCGGUGAAUGAGGGGGACACUGUGGACAUUAUACGGAUGGUUGACAACCCAUCGGGAAAGUGUCUUAUUCGGAUCACCACCACCAUGAAAACUAAAGGAGCCGAGCCGACAGAACUAAUUGGUUACUGUGACGAGGGCAACAUCGAGGUAGACACAGAUAGCAUCCUGGCCUUUAUGAAGACCAGUGACUCCAGCGCAAGUGUUCCAGGGCCUGCAGAUGGGCCCCAGGAGACGUAUGAAGAUGUUGAUGGGCAGGCUGAGGAUGAACCAAUAGCAGAUGAAAUAUAUGAGGAGUGCAACUGACCGUUAUCAAGCUGGCUUGAGGGCAGUUCAGACAUGUCACUCUAUCACCUGUUGGAUGUGUGCAGAUGUCGACACAUGGAAAAACUGAAAUUUUACAAAUAAAGCACAUUGCUGCGAAAAUUGCCAUAUUAAAAAAAGCUAUGAUAUUCAUGAACAAAUUGUAUAAACAGAUUUAGUUGAAUUUGAGGAUAUGAAUGUGUUGUAUUGUAUUGUAAAUACUGGCAUGCAGUCGUAUGUUUUAACAUGAGAUUUAAACGAUGAUAAUGGAAUGGGUUUAAACGAUGUUAAUGGAAUGUAGAGAUUUAAAAUAUGAUCGAUUUUUUCUGUCUCCUUUACAGAUGCUUGUUGAAUUUUGUGAGGAAUUUGUUCACAACAUCCUACACCAAAAUAAUUUUAAAUAGUUUUAUCACCAUGUUAACUUUACAGAAAGUAUUAUGUUUGUGUUAAAUAUCCGUAUACUGGUAAUAAGCUCUUUCAAUGUUUCUGCUUUACUGUUUUCCUCUUUAUUGAAUUUCUUGUCAUUGUAGAUUAAGUCAUUUACAUUUUUUUUAACAAACCCAUUUUAUAUGUAGCUAACCUCCGUAAUACUGCCCCAAAGUUCAAACUUUGUAUUGUCAUAAGUUUUACAGACUCAUAAUAUAUCUAAGUAAUCAGAUAUAUACACAUUUUUCGAAACCACUAAGAAUUGCUAGUUAUGAAUGGACAAUUGUGUUAUUUGGCUGCUCUCUUUAGUCUGAGAUUUGUUGAAAUGAGUUUUGAUCCUCUUUCCUUUUUAAAUUAAGGCAAAUUAUACGUGGUGUUUCUCAGCAUGAAACUUGUUUUUGUCAACAAAAUUAUGCCUGGGUUAUAGGUAGUGAGCCGGUUUUGUUCAAAGUUUGUUUUGAUUUUCGAGUAUUAAUUGUAAAUCCUAGAUUUUCUUUAUCUUAUUAUGUUGCUUAUGAAUGCUAUUCCAUGAUAUCUUGAUGAAAGACUUUUAAAUUUUUAGUUAGCAUUUAAAGCUGCCCUCUUACAGAGUGUCAGUUUUAUUUAUUUUUUGUCUAAAAUCAGCUUAUUUUGACAUCAAUUCCUUAUAUUUAGUCAUAUUAGGUAAUGCACCAGUCAGUUGUAACCACCGCCCCCCCCCCCCCCCCCCCCCCUUCCCCCAGGUCCGGGGAAUAGCAGGGACUUUGACUUUCGGUCCAGCAAACCCCCGGUAAAAUCCCCGCCCUGCGGGGACGAACUGAUGGUAAAACCCUGCACCCCAGAGACUAUAUAAGGCCCAAUCUCCGCUAAAUUUGGCGCUAAGACAAAACCACCCCAGUUACCCAGCCCUGCGGGGCCACCUGGAAAGUAAAACACGGCCCUUCCCUGGACCUAGGGGGGGCCGUGGUUACAAUUGACUGGUGCAUAAUUCACAAUAGAACAGAUCUCAAUUAUUUGGUAAACUGCCAAAAAUUGCAUUUAUUUAAAGCUUUUGUAAUGCUUUUAGCCAUAAAACAAACAUUCAAACACAAAUAUGAUAAACGCUGAUCUGAUCUUUUGUCAGCAGUCUUAUAUCACUUGUUUCCAGAUUUAAACGCAAAAAAAUAGCAUAUUUCAAAGACAAUCAAUAACCUGUGAGAGUGCAGCUUUAAGUGAAAAAUGACUAACUCUCAAGUCCUGUGGUCCACAUGAUUCUCACGUAUUAAUCCAUGCCAUUUAAUGCAACUAUCCAUUGUUCAUGUGUAUGUAGAACUAUCCAAGACUACAACUGAUUUCCUGCUCUUGUGCCUUCCUUUAAAACUGGUGCUCUUAUUACGUGUUACUUUUUAUGUGCCAAUAUUUUGUUUAUGUACAUUAUGUAACCAGGAUACAUAGACUUACAUAAAUAACAUACUUAUGCAGUUAUUUAUACAAAUUACAUUGCUUUUAAAUUUAAAGUUAUUUGUUUUAAUUGGUGCCACAAUGUGUUUUUGAUAUGUUUAUGCAUAUUUAGCCAUUUUUGACAGAUAUAUGGUUAAUGUUUUUAAAUUUUAUCUGUUUGGUCACUAAUAGUGCAUUUACCUUUCUAUUACAUGAGUUUGGAGGUUAGGGGUCGAUUUGUUCAGUAAAAGUUACUGCAGCCACAACUUUAAUGAUUGAGAUUAUACAUGAGCGCUUUAACCCCAGUGAAUAAUUUCAAUCAUGAGGGUUGCGGCUGACAUAACUGUUUUGUACCAUGUUGGGUUUUAGUGAAUAGCAUUAUAGUUGUAGAACAGUUGCGCCCAGUCUACUUGUAACUGUUUCGACAUGAGGGUAAUGUGUAGACGAAAACAAAGAAACACUCUCAAUCAUGAAAAAGAUAUUUAUUAUAUGCUGUUGUAUUUCCUUGACAACGAACAUUUAGUUAUGUUUAUGAAUGUUUGCUAAAUGAUUCGUAUUUUAGAAUUAUUGUUAUAUAUACUAUUAAUGCCAAUGACUGGCACAAUAUUCUUUUAAUUAAUUUUGUACAGUUUUUUUAUAUUUUAUUUUCUGUAACCCUUAUAUAAAGAAUCAUUCUCUAUAACAUUACAAGUUCAGUUUACCCUCGGUGAUAACAACUUAUUUUGUGAGACAGACUUUUGUCAGCCUUAUAUUCUUUUCUGUUCAUCCUGCCUGAGUUUGAGAUUUAGUUUUAUGACUAUAUAUUGUUCCAUUAUUGUUCCUAUAUAUAUUUUUUACAACUGUCAAUAAUGCUUAAAUGCCUCUACUCCUAAGGCUCAUUUAAAGUAUGUAUUUUAAAUCAUUGAAUCAUAUCUAAAGACACAUUAGAGAAUAUCAUUCCUAUUACUAGUAUAUGAUUCAACGUUGAAUGUGAAAUAUAGUUAAAAUUAUAUACAUCGGAAAGCCACAGUCAAAGCUAAUUAAUUGCUCCUUGGCGAACUUUUGUAUAUACCCUUAUACUCACCCGAGUGUGAUUUAAAUGUUAACAUUUUGUAACAAUCAUACAAUAUAUACAACAAUACAAAGAAAUGAAAAACAUCACCAUAUAUGUACACAAUUUAAAGCAGUUAUUCAAAAUUAUAAUAUAACUGGUAAACAUGUAAACAAUGUUAGAAAUUAACUGAUUAUAAGACUUGGAUUAAAACAGUUUUAUGACUGAACUUGUGGUUGACAAUACUUGUAGUGUUUGCUGAGGUUAUCAAAAGAAGUAAUGCACAGAAUGUUUUUAUUAAUGCUUGAAUCAAUCCCUAACUAGUAGCACUUGGCAGUCAACCACAUCUACUAUACCAGGUUACUAACCCAGUAUCCCCAGCCAACAUGAAUUAAUCAAUUUCAUCUUUUUGUCGUGGCAUUCUCAAUAUUGUCUCCGGCAUUCAACAACAUUCUUUUAAACUUUGAUAAGUCAUACAAGCUUUUGUUUUAGCAUGAUACCCAGUUAUUUUUGUACAUAAACUUUUAACUUUCUUUGGCAGUACGCAUUUUAUGCUCCAUAAUUGUUAACCAAUAUAUAUUUUUGUAUUUCAUGACCUCAUGUUAACAUUCCUUUGAAAACCUUGUUUUAAAAAAUGUGCCUUACAGUUAUGCCUUGUUCGUUGACUGCUCAAAAUUGUAUGCCAUAAUGUUAGGUCCCCUUGGGUGUUAAGCCUUAUCCUGCACUUGUAGUUCUUGAUCGUAUAAAUGAGAACAUAAGAUCAUAACCUAUAUUUCCAGCCAAUAAUCUCACCUAUUAGAUUAUUAGAAUACAACCUAUAUUAUAAGCCAAUGAAAUCACCUAUUAAAAUAUGACCAAUUUUUUCCAGCCAAUGAAAUCAACUUUUAGAAUACAACCUAUAUUUUCAGCAAAUGAAAUCACAAUAAGUAAUAAAUAGGCUUAAUAGUUAAGAUUUGCAGUUUUAUAGCUUAACAGACAUGAUGUCAUAAUUUGGUUUCCUGCUUGCAGAAAACAUGUCAUACUCCUAAGUCAGUUGGAACAUAGUGACAUAUAGGACAUAUUGUGUCAAAUAUUGUGUUAAAUCUUAAUGACUAAGAAGGCUUACUCGCUUACCCUGGUAGGCUCACUGGCUUAGCCCGAUUUGCCCUUCUUAAUCAUAAAGAUUUUGCACAAUAUGUUCUUUCUAUUGUGUAAUAACAUGGACAUAUAACCCAUAUAUAAACCUUGUUUUAUAUGUCCAUGGUAAUAAUCAAAAUAACUGCUUUACAAUCAGAUUAUAGAAAUAAUUAGUUACUUAAAUGUAAUGUCCAACAGUAUAGGUCAUUUAUUAACUUUAUAACAAUAUAAGUGGAUUCAAACCUGUCGCUCAUUAGAUUUGAAAAUUAAUAUAUUUAGCAGGAGGUGCAAUAUUUAUUUUUAGUAUUCCCUGUUAAGGGCUUGUGGUAGUUUAUUUCUGUGUUUAUAUUUUGUAUUCUUGUUCAGUAACUACUAGAUAGUGGGUUUUUUUGCAAGUGAGGCUUUCAUAAAAAUAUAUAAACUAUUGUUAUUUCUAGUACCUGAACUGUUUGAAAUACUGUUUAAUUCAACUUGUAUAUCUAAUUUUAGUUAAUUAACAUUGAAACUAACAUAAGAAUAUAAUACUUGUAAUGUUUGACCAUAAUAAGUUUGUAUUAUUUAUUUAUAAACCUAAGAGAAUUUUAAAGGUUCAUGUGCCCAAACUACAGUCUAUGCCUUAAAUUGUUGCUAAUAUUUCUACGUAAUGUAUGCCAAAUAAAAUUCUAAACCAAAA